GGUGUUGUCACAAAGUUAAGAAAUAGUAAGCGUCAAUCGACUGCCAACGUGUGAGCGCGUGCUGUGUGUGAUUGUCCGUGUUGUGGGAGAGGACACUCUGAUGCGUAAUUUCCCCGGUGCCCCGAUCCGCUCAUUGGUGCGUCUCUCCAACGUGUCACCAGUUUUGGUGGAUUACCCCACAUAUCUACAGCAUCAAGAGGGUGAGACGCUACUCUGCUUUCCAGCUUCUGUCCUGACUGUGUCACAGCUGCCAGCAAGAACCUCUGACAACACUGGGUGGAAAGAAGCACUCAGUGGAGAGUUUUUAGAAGAUUUUUGUUUUAUUAGUAAACUUACUCCAACUCCAAAAAAACAAAAAAAAAAAUGCUAAACUUUUCUUUAUGCUGGAGGAUGACGCCGUCUUUUUCAUUUAUUUCACUUCUGCUACUGGCAACUUUGCUGCUGAAGGGGCUCCGGGUCAGCGGCUCCCCAGCCUGCGCGUCCUGUGGCUUACCGGCAAUGGAGAAAGACGCAGAGCAGAAGAUGAUGAUAGAGAUCGCCAAACAGCACCUUUUGGAAAAGCUCCACCUGAAAGAGAGACCGAACAUCACUCAGACGGUGCCUAAAGUGGCGCUUCUAACUGCGCUGCGCAAGCUGCACUCGGGGCGCGUCAGACAGGAUGGUACCCUUGAACUAGAAAACAGUCUACCUACCAAAGAUCAAGGCUAUGAAAUAGUGAGCUUUGCAGAUAUAAGCGAUUCAGACAGCGGUGACAAGGCCAGCCUUAGCCUUACCUUUCAGUUUCUGCAGGAACGGGGCAAGAGCAUCCAGGUCCUUCAGUCCUCUCUGUGGAUUUAUGCCAAAUUGUCUGAAGAUCCUCACCGGAGCUCCCGCCUCCUUGCCCGGGUCUUCCUCUCGACAGAUGAAGAGACUUCAGACUCUAAUCGCACCCUGGUGAUAGAAAAGAUGAUAGAGGUUAAGGAGAGCAACUGGCAUACCUUCCCCAUCACCCACACGCUGCAGACCUUUUUGGAUGGAGGUCAGCGGCGACUCCGGCUUGAGGUCAGCUGCGAAGAGGGUGAAAGGAACCUUUGCUCCUUUAAUGGCUCGACUGACAAAGCAAACCAGCCCUUCAUGGUGGCCCAGGUGCGUCUGCGUGAUGACCACUCCAAGCACUUAAUCAGAAAGCGAUCACUGCGCUGUGGAGACGAGGUGACAGUGUGCUGCAAGAGAGACUUCUACAUCAAGUUUAAGGAUAUCCAGUGGGAUGAGUGGAUCAUUGCACCUGAAGGCUACCACAUGAACUACUGCAUGGGUCAGUGCCCCCAACAUCUAGCCGGCUCCCCGGGCAUAGCAUCCUCAUUCCAUGCUACAGUCUUCAAUCAGCUUAAAGUCAAUGGCAUCAACACAGCCACAGCUUCAUGCUGCAUCCCCACUGAGCGCCGGCCUCUGUCCAUGGUCUACUUUAACUCUCAGCACAGCAUCGUCAAAACAGACGUCCCUGACAUGAUAGUUGAGUCCUGCGGAUGCACAUAAACAAUAGCAUUAGAGGCUA